GGGAAGGAUGGAAUCCGGGAGGAUUUGAAAGCGCGGGAGAAGACGCCCAGGGCUCCGGGGGUAGGAGGCUCUUCCGUUGCCUACUGCGCAGAUAAUUUUCUUUGGCAACAACAAGAACCAUGUAAACUCCAUGGGCCAUACCCCCCUGAACCCGUCCAAUCUCAGCUGAUCUUGGAAGCUGAGACCCACUUAGUACUCGGAUGACAGACCUUCUAGGACUACCAGGUGCUGGGGAAAAAAAACUGUAGAAAAACAGCCUCAUUGACAUAAAACAUUGGAAAAAGAAGCCUCUCAUAUAUGAGGGUACAUGUUCUGUACACCAUCCCUGUCAGUCUUCACAAGAGAGAAGCAGUUCUACCCAUUUCACAGAGUGAGAGGCUGAGGUUAAGAAAUGUAACAUUCUUUAAAUCACACUCCCAGCAAUCUGACUUACGGUGGGAUCUAUAGUUUGUUCUAAAGACGCUGGGUAGGCUUACAGUUUGCUCUGUAACAGGUUACAGAUGGGGAUAAUUGGUUAAAACAUCGAACCAUGAAGAAAAAUUCCAAGAGGAACAAUAAUUUGGCAGUUUCCAGCAUAGACUUGAAUUCUGCCAGUAUUGAAAAAGGAAAAAACGAGAGUCAAAAUAACUUUGUUGAACUACUGCCUCUAGAAGUCACUUUAAAAAUUUUCAGCCAGCUAGACGUUCGGAGUUUGUGCAGAGCCUCGGUGACAUGCAGGAGUUGGAAUCACGCAAUAAGAAACAACGACUCCUUAUGGCGACCUCACUGCUUGACUUUAAGAGCUGUGUGCCAAAGAGAGAUAGAUGAUGACGUGGAAAGUGGCUACUCCUGGAGGGUGAUACUCCUGAGAAAUUAUCAGAAGAGUAAGGUGAAAUGUGAUUGGCUGAGCGGCAGAUACAGCAACAUAUGCUCUUCUGUUAGCCUGCCAGAGAAAAUCAUGUGUCCGAUGGAUGCAGAUACGUGGGGUGAAAUUCUAGAAGCUGAACUGGAAAGAUAAGUCGAAAAAUCCCAAUAGUUCUCAUAACUUUGGUGACUCUUGAGAUGACUUUUGGACUGCAAAAAAUUGUUUGAUCUGCUGAUGGUUUUACUCUGCCUUUUAAAUACUUAAUAUUUAAAAGAAAAGAUGGAAAAAUAUUAAAAGUUAGAGCUUUGUUUUUAUUUUGCACUUUAGUAAAAUAUUUUUGUGGUUUAUUGUACUGUGUGGAUAAACCAUGAGAUGUUAUUUUUAUGGGAAAUAAUAUGCUGGUAGAUGAUUUCAAAAUGUAUUGUUUCAUGUAUUUAUGUUAGCAUAGUGCAUUGCUUUAAAUGAUAGUGUAUUGGUAUUUUCUGUUUAACAGUAAUUCAGGCAAGUGCCUUAACCACGGAGCAGUCUCUCCAGCCCUUUAACGAUAAUUCAAAUAUUUGAAGAAACUAACUUAAAGACUCAUUAGGAAUGGGGGCUAGGAGGAUGGUUUAGUGGGUGAGAGUGCUCGCUGAGUAAGCAUGAGGACCAAGUUUUAUCCCUAGCACCCAUAUGCAUAGCCAGGUGUGGCCAGGCAUGCCUGAGUUCCCAGUGCUGAGUGGGCAGAGAAAGGAGGACAGCUGGGGCUCACUGGUCAGCCAGUCCAGCCCGAACCCACUGAGCUCCAGAUUCAGUGAGAGACAGUCUCAUGGACAUAAGGCGGAAGGGUGACAGAGGGCACAUGCUGUGCUCUGGCCUCUGUAUGCAAGUGUGUGGGCCACUUGCAUCUGCACACACAUGAGGACACCAUGCAAUACUAUAUGCAGAAAUCCCAAAAUGCAACCUCCCCAGAUUCAUUUAGAUAAUGAGUGAUCAUAACUAUACCCCUGUGAGGACUAAGUGAAAGUAAUCACAAUACAUUUAAAUUAAUAGCAAAAUUGCAUUUCAAUAACCUUAAAAUUGCCAUUUUAGUAGAUUCAGACUGAAAUAUGAAAUGGUGAAACUAUUUUAAAAUGUGUUAAACCUGUAGUUUAUUUAAACAGUCUAAUCUUGGGACUAAUGCUCAUUAGAUUUAAAUUUUCAUUACUUUCUACAAACCUCAGAUUUGUCUCAGAGGCUCAGAAUGUGUGAAAAGUUUCAGAACACUUAACUACCAUCAGAACUGUGCCACAUUAUAUUUGCCUCAGCAAAACCUCCUUGAGGGACAAGCCUCAUAGUUCAAGCAAACAUGUUCUUGGCUACCAGAGCCAAGGACGUUGGGCUCCUUUUUGUUCUCUCCCUACUUAAAAGAAGGAUGUCCCACUGUAGACAGAGUCCCUGUGUUGCAGAAAGUAGCCACAUUCAGAAGGAAUAGUCUGUCGAGGGAGAGCUGCGGCUUCAUCUGCUUGAACGAAAAAGAGAAGUAAAGGUGCCUAGAAAGUUAUAACUUUUAACAAAGUCAAAUGUUAGGGCUUGAUGGAUUGUUCUGAAUCUGGUCAAAACCAUCAUUAAAAAAAUCUACCAAACAUUUUAUUUUAUUUAUUUGAGAGUGAUAGAAAGAGGCAGAGAGAGAGAGAGAGAGAGAGAG